GCGGUGUAGUGAGCCGCUUCCGCUCUCAUGACAGUAGUAGAGCUACUGCAGCGUAGCCAUGGGUUCUUCCCGUGUGCUGUCCGGUCUCCUCUUCUGCCUAGUAGCUGUCCACAGCGCGGCUUCCACCCAAUAUGCCCCCGACUGGGACUCGCUGGAUAAGCGCCCGCUGCCGCCCUGGUUCGACGAGGCCAAGUUCGGGAUCUUCCUGCACUGGGGAGUGUUCUCGGUGCCGUCGUUCGGCAGUGAGUGGUUCUGGUGGAACUGGCAGCAGGAGAAGAGCGCUGCCUACGUGCAGUUCAUGAACCAGAACUACCCGCCCGGCUUCACUUAUGCCGACUUCGCCCAGCAGUUCACUGCAGAGUUCUUUGACCCGGACGCGUGGACCGAGCUGUUUGAGGCGGCUGGGGCUCGAUAUGUUGUCCUGACUACAAAACACCAUGAAGGCUUCACUAACUGGGGUUCUCCUGUAUCCUGGAACUGGAACGCUGUGGACACUGGACCUCAUCGGGACCUUGUAGGAGAUCUUGGAAAUGCACUGAAAAAAAGAAAGCUGCGCUAUGGAUUAUAUCAUUCAUUACUGGAUUGGUUUCAUCCGCUUUAUCUAACUGACAAGAAAAAUGGCUUCAAAACACAGUAUUUUGUGCUCGCAAAGGCAAUGCCAGAACUGUACGAUCUGGUGAUGAGGUAUGAGCCAGAUUUGCUUUGGUCUGACGGGGACUGGGAAUCGCCAGAUACUUACUGGAACUCCACCAGUUUUCUGGCCUGGUUGUAUAAUGACAGCCCUAUCAAGGACAAAGUUGUGGUCAAUGAUCGUUGGGGAAGUGGCUGUUCUUGCCAUCAUGGAGGAUUCUAUAACUGUGCUGAUAAAUACACUCCAUCCACGCUACCAGACCACAAGUGGGAGAAAUGUACUUCUGUUGAUACCUACUCUUGGGGCUAUAGACGUAACAUGCAAGUGAAUCAGAUUAUGGAUGAAGGAAGCAUCAUUGCAGAAUUGGUGCAAACUGUGAGCUAUGGAGGAAACUAUCUUUUGAAUGUGGGGCCCAGCAAGGAGGGUCUGAUUAUGCCAAUUUUCCAAGAGAGACUUCGAAAUGUUGGGAAAUGGCUGAGCAUUAAUGGAGAGGCAAUUUAUUCCACUAAACCUUGGAGAGUGCAGUCAGAAAACGCUACAGUCAGUAUCUGGUACACUGCUAAGGAUACAGCAGUAUAUGCCACUUUCUUAAAAUGGCCUGUAGAGAAUGUUGUAAAGCUACAGUCUCCCAAACCCAAUCCAAGUACUAAUGUGACAUUGUUGGGUCUUACUGGGACAUUGUCCUGGAAACAAGAUCCAGAAGGUGGUCUACUUGUGAACCUACCAGCCAUCGCUCCUGGAGUCUUCCCUGUGGAAUAUGGCUGGACUCUGAAACUAGACGGUGUAAACUAAAGACCUGUCAAGAACAGAAAUCUAUUUGCAGUUCAGUUCAUACAUUCAUGUUAGAGAGAGAUGUGACACACUUCCAGGGUGACUAUCUUACUGGAUGUGCUGAUCUGAAACUGCUGUGGUGAAUAGGAUUCCAGGGUUGGCACUUUACUGUUCUAUGUGUUUAAAAUUUGGUGUUGUCAGAUUCAGGGGCUCUCUUAUCUGUCAGGUGAUUAAGUCUAAAAUGUUUUCAGACCUUUGCACAGGUUCAUAUGGUACAUUCUAAGCUGGAUCUAGUGUUGGCCAGUCUACGUGGGAGAGAAGCACCCAUGUAUUACAUCUUCUUCCUGCCUUAGGUUCAUAUGUGCAUUCCAAUUUCUGUCCAUUUUCCAUUAUAGGGUCCUAGAUC